CGUUUCUAUAGCAACGCAUAACACACUGGCGCGAGCAAGUCAUGGUCCGCAUCAGCGAGGAUCUGAUCCGCCGCAGAGCAGAACACAAUAAUGGCGAGAUCUUCUCCCUGGAGGAGGUUACCCUCCAUCAGCAGGACAUCGAGAGGAUCGAGCAUAUCGACAAGUGGUGCAGAGACCUCAAAAUCCUCUACUUACAGAACAACCUCAUCCCUAAGAUAGAAAAUGUGGGCAGACUAAAGAAGCUGGAGUAUCUAAAUCUGGCUCUGAACAACAUAGAAUUCAUCGAGAAUUUAGAAGGCUGUGAAAGCUUACAGAAACUAGACCUGACAGUGAAUUUUGUGGGUAAGCUGAGCAGUGUGGAGUCUCUGAAGCAGAACCUUCAUCUCAGAGAGCUCUACCUGGUGGGAAACCCCUGUACUGAAUUUCACGGAUACAGACAGUAUGUGGUGGCAUUUCUGCCUCAACUACAGUGGUUGGAUGGGAAAGAAAUCGGGCGAGGUGAGCGUAUUCAGGCCCAGCAGGAACUGGAUGCUGUGAGGAGACGUGUUUUAGAACAGGAGGCGGAUUAUGUAGAGAAAAGAAAGGAACAGAAAAGGAGUGGUUUAAAGGAGACAACAGAAAAGCAGGAGGAUCUUCAAAUAAAUCAAUUGCUCUCUGAGAACCAAAAUGGGACCCAUCAGAAUCCAGAAUCAAGCUCCAAGGCUCACACAGACACCGAGGAUAAAGAGAAGGAAUUUUGGGAAAAGCCGUGCCCAUUCACACCAGAAUCCAGACUAGAGGCCCAUCGCCAUCUGGAGGACAAGAGGAGGGCCAAAGAAAAAGAGAGAGAUAAGCCUAAAAACAAAACCCUCAGAACUCUGAUCACUGCAGAUGGACGAGUGCUGAACAUCAACGAGCCCAAGUUGGACUUCAAUCUCACUGAGGAUGAGAACAACUGCAUGCUUUUGGAUUUACAUGUUUACAGGCAUAUGGACACUUCACUGCUGGAUGUGGAUGUUCAGCCAACAUAUGUGAGAGUGACCGUCAAAGGAAAGGUGUUCCAGCUGGUUUUGCCUGCAGAAGUGAAACCCGACAGCAGCACAGCACAGAGAUCCCAAACCACCGGCCACCUGCUCCUCAUCUUGCCUCUGGCAAUUGGAGAGAUUAAACCAAAGAAACCUACUGCCAGGCUGACCAGUGUUACCAGUAACCAGAAUACCAGGACAGAGACCAGGCCAGCGCCAGGGCGUGAAUUAUUGGAGGUGGAUCCCGGUCUGGUUGGGAGUCUGGCCAACAUUGUUCCCAAAGGAAAUGAGUCUUCCCACAAGCCCCUGCAGCUCUCUCAGCAUCCCCAGCGCUGUGGCGUCGAGGAGAGGCCUGUGUCAAAGGACUUCGUGGACGAUCCAGAAGUGCCUCCACUUAUGUGA